GCGCUGGCUGAGUCCUCCGGCUUCUCUCGUAGCGCUCUCGCGGUACUUUGAUGGCAUACAAAUCAGGUAUUCUAAUCAGAUGUUCUAGACCUGGAUGAGAUGAGAAACCCUUCUUUGUAAAGAGACAUGGACAAACCAGAUGAGUGGAUGUAGUCGAUUAGAGAAGGCUGACUGGGCUGGACAUUUGAUUAUGGUUGAGUGGUGGUGGAAUUGCACUGACCAUCCUGAACUGAGACAGGGCUGCGGAGAAGUUUAGAAGAAGAUAAGAGAACAGAGUGACACGCAGGAUCAAUAACAGCCCACACACACCAUAUUCAUAAUGGCCAGUGCUGUAAUCACGGAGGCCUCAGGCGUGCUGGCGACCUCCGGAGACAUAAGCACGGCUGACCUGGUGUGAACAGUCUCGUAAAUAGUCUCUGGCGCAGCAGACGUGACGUGAACAGGAUCAGGCUGGGCAGGCAGGCGUGACAUGAACAGUCUCUGGCGCGGCAGGCGUGAUGUGAACAGUCUCUGGGGCGGCAGGACCGUCCUGAAGAGGCUCAGGCUGGGCAGACCUGAGGUGAAGAGUCUCUGGCGUGGCAGGCGUGACGUGAACAGUCUCUGGCGCGGCAGGACCAACGUGAAGAGGCUCAGGCUGGGCAGACCUGAUGUGAUGAGUCUCUGGGACGGCAGGCAUGACAUGAACAGUCUCUGGUGCGGCAGGCGUGACGUGAACAGUCUCUGGUGCGGCAGGCGUGACAUGAACAGUCUGUGGUGCGGCAGGAUCGACGUGAAGAGGCUCAGUUUGGGCAGACCUGAGGUGAAGAGGCUCAGGCACGGCAGGCGUGACGUGAACAGUCUUUGGCGCAGCAGAUGUGAUGUGAAGAAGCUCAGGCUGAGGGGAUAUAGUGAGCUUGUGGGACCCCUCAUUAACAAAGCCCACAGUAAAGGACGAGCCGCUUAUCCGAAAGGCAAGGUGGAGUGGAUUUUGGAGAAGGGAAAGCUGCCUGGAGAAAAACGUACAGGAAUAGUGGGUUGUGCUGAGGUGUAGAAGGAAGCUGGAGAUGGAGGAGGUCUUGAUGGUGGAGGUGAGGGCAAGCCAUGGCACCUCGGGGUACGAGAAGCGGCUUGGGUAGGCCGGCGGCCGCGCAGUGAAGCUGGAGGUUCAGGUAGCGGUGACCUGUUGAGCAUGGGAGCUCGUUGCAGUGUUGGGAAGCUGAGAUGAAGCCUGACUGACGAAGGAGUCGUCAUCGGAAGGGAAGAGUUCAAUCUCUGACAUUGUGACAAAUGGGCGGGACCAAAUGCUGAAACUGUCAAGGAAUGUUAGGUGAGUUGACAGAAAAUAUUUAUAUAUGCUUCAUCUUAUGCUGAUAGACAUGUAAUUGUUUGGUGACGACUUAAUUGGAAUGAUUUAUUUGAACGUGCUCCUCCCGAACCUUGUUUAUAAAACAUCUUUUCGUUAAAUUCAAGGGGUCUUCAUGUUUUAUUUUGAUGUGCAAUUUCAGUUUUGUGUAAUGUGAUCAUCAUGGAUUAUUAAGUGUAAAAUAGCAAAAAUUUCAUUCAUUCAUGCAUGAUGGCGAUUCAAACUUAAUUCACUUCAAUAAAGAUAACUAUACAUGCUAUUCUUGUCAUGAGCAUCAAUGUGUGGUGGUGCAUGUUUAGUACAUGAUGUAAGUUCAAAGAUUGGAAAAAAAAAUUUAAUUGUUGGAGGCCAUUGAUCUGCGUGCACAGUCCUUAAAAUCCAUUCUGUGUUAAGGUAAGGCAUGUUAUUCCUAAUUAUGUGUUGUGGCUGGGUUGUUAUAGGUCUGCGUCACUCUCGAUGUCUUAGGCCUAAUUGAAAGAAGGAAUUGUGGUAUUCUUCUGUAAUUUAACCCUUGUUCAAGUGAACUCAAAGACAGCCUAUGUAUAG